UUUGUCAAUUAUGUAUGACUUAACAACUCUCCAAUAGCUAAUUAUAUAUAUGUCAGAUGGAAUAUUACUAUGCAUUAGUUUUAUAUUCUUCUCAUGCCCAUCGUAUCGCUGGAGCCGAAAUGUUAAAACACGACAGCAUGGCGUUUUUUUUUUUUGUUUUUGUCAUCAGGGGGUCAUUAGCUAAAACCAGCGCGAUCACGUUCUGCGAUAAAGGCGAACCUUGUGUCUCCACUUCAUCUCGAUUGCCUAUUUGUGAAGCAGGGGCCAUUGUCCGCUGUCCGACAUUCCUCUGACCUGAAUCUUGUUCGGGUGCUCCGAUCAGGUCAACCUGGCCCGAUUCCCUGGGCUCAUGAGUUCAUCCUCGCCGUUGCCCCUGCCCUCUUUUCUACCCGCUGUUGGCAAACUAGCCUGAUCCGCUUGCUAUGGAGAGUCCUGCGGUCUGCUCGUACGGGUUCGUUCAACGCGACCGACGGUCUCCUAGGGUCGCUAUGGUAACCCAGAGCGUGCACAGAGCACCACAGCGCCGCACAACUCGCAGGUGUCGUUUGCUUGCAGGCACAGACUGAGGGAUGUCAACGUGACUUUCUGUGUUGCUAUAGCCAUCCGACAAGCCGGCCUUAAAAUGACAGCUGUCUUUUACUGUAGGCGAUUAGUAAUGGGGUCGAAGUGGUCGGACACAAUUGAGAAUCAACAGUUAAUAUUAACGUUAACAAUGUCGACUACUUUAACGUGUACGAAAGUAAGUAGUGGCCUUUUUCGAAGUAGCCUAGGUCAGGCAGCGUCGACUAGGAGAAUAGGACAAAAGACAGUGUCCCGAAGCGGGUUCUACAGGUACUGUGAGUAACUGUUUAGAAAGGCAACUCUUAUAAUCAGACGUGUGGAACUACUAUGAGGUGACGGCUACAGCGAGGACGAAAAUCCCAUUGUCAUCAGCGCCGUCAAAAUGGAAAGACUGAAACGAGCCAUCGAAAGUGAGGUCGGUCGAGACAUCGAGCGACUUGUCGAACGCCGCACUUCAGCUAGCGGCCUCGAUGAGCUUCUAGAACGGCUUGCGCCGUCGGACACCUGGCGCCGUUUUCGGCGGCGCUACAUAUUGGCUACAGUUGACGCGGAUUAUAACUGCAAUUCACGGUUUAACGGUUAUAGCCGAAUACUUCCACCGUCGUCAGCAAGAUCGAUCAGACCGGAUCAUUUAACUCGUCGAUUUUCCGUCGAUAUGGUUAUCGCCGACGCGAAGGAUGAUCAUAGUUUAACUUCAAUCGGUUCGAUUUCGAGCGUCUCAACGACGGACACCGUCAUAGUGUUUGGUGAUGUUGAGAUUCUUCACGUUUGCGAACUGUUGGUAAACGACGAUAACAUAUCAAAGCUACAGGGUUUGGACAUGCUCGCCAGAGCAUCGAACGCUGAAAAUUUUAUUCGAUCUGAGGAAUGGGGUAUGUUGGAAAAGUUGCUGAAAUCGUGUCUCUUCAUCGAUAAUUCACUGAUACGAUCUGAAGUCACUUGCAUCUACCGGGCGAUGAUCUGCUCCAGUGAUGACAGGACGAGCCUUACUGCAUAUUCGAGUCUACUGGGCGCCGUCUGCAAUCUCGUUUGUCGCGGCAAAGAAAUAAGCAACGUUGAUCGGCUCCGUCAGGCGAUAUAUCUUCUCGACUGCAUUAACGACUACCACAAAGAGUGCAUUGCUCACCGGUGGCUGCGAACGCCGACUCAUAUAGUGGCUGCGUUUGUUCGAACGACGUUGGAGGGCUUAGCUGACGAUCGAGUGUGGACGCUGCUAGCGGGGGUAGAUCCUACGGCUGGGUGGUUACAGGGAUGGCUGGCAGCUGCCCCUGUACGGGCAGUAGUUAUGGCAGAAAUUCGCGCCAAAUCGCUGUUUCUACGGAUUGCCGUGUCGCGUAUAGCAGACGAUCGCGCUCAGAAAACCGUUCUUUUGUACUCGUGUUGCGUUUUGCUGCACUUUCUUCGUUACGAAGAGGGCCGGCAAGUAAUUGAUCUAGCUGUCGGUACCGACCACGCCAACUCGUGGUUCACGGUAUUAAUCAACUGUGUCAAGAUCGUGUUUCAAUUUCAGCCCGAUCCAAGCCUAAAGGACCUGUACCUCCAGACAGUAUCCGCUGUUAGUCCUUUUCUGACGGUGAACCACUUGUGCGAACUUAUUCACCUGAGUGUCGGCUUGUUUCCGCGCAAAGUUCAAACAGAUACACAUCUCGAGCAGUUCGAUUGGGCAACUAGCUUUCUUCUGACACUCGUCAAAAGUCCGUCCAGUCGUCACGUAGUUGUGCAGUCAUUCAUUAAGGACCACAUUGGAUCAGAGAACCUAUUUCAGGUGUUUCGUUCAAGUUUCACCCUGAACAAUGUCCACGUGAGCCUGAGUACGCCUGUGUUUUACCUCGGUCUCCGGAAAACCGUCCAGGCGUGCUCACACAUCGUGGCUCAUCCUCUCUUUCUGUUACAUUAUCAUCUAUCAAACGUGGCUUCGCUGGUACUGGACGUGCUCUCACUGGACACGGUGCUCCCACGAGGUUUUGUAGUACGGAUGUCCCUCACAAGUAUUGGUCGAGCCUUGUGGCGUCGGGGCGUUCUCGAACAGAAUGCCCCGCGUAUUCUCAAUGAUCUGUGUCGUUUUGAGGGCCGCGUCUCCGAAACUCUAAUGAUAACGAAUUUUAUUGAUUUCGUCCCUCCGACACAGUUGACCGUGAUCCUAGAUAAAGUAGGUAUGCACAUAUGGAAACGUCAUGCGAGUGACGAUGCCCGUCUAGAAGCGCUCCUUUGCAUUUAUGCCCCAUGUCGAAACGUAGAAAUCAUUCUAGAGUGUGUAGUCGAAAACUCGGUCAUUGAUCGAAAUCUGUUUCGGGACGUCUUGUUGUUGCCAGCCAAUAAGCGUCUAACCGAAGACCAACUGAUCAUGUCGCUAACGGUUUUGUCUGUCAUCUGCUCCUCACUGCCUUCGUUUAUUUACAUCCAGAAGCGUUUUCGACUCAUUGAAGCGCUUCGGCAUGAACUGCUAAACCAUAUCGGUGACCAGGACCAAUAUGUCGCUGACGAAGUCUCGAAUCAUGUCGAUUCGUUAAUAUCUCGCGUGACUCUUGUAGGUGGACAUUCUGAACGGCUUAUAUCGGGCUUCAACGCUUCAGGUCAACUGAAGCCCGCCAGAAAAGCAAUUAUCUCUAUAGCGCGUACUUGUAGAAUGAAUAAAGACAUGAGUAUUAAUCUGAGAUAUUUCGAUGAACUGAUUCAAGGCCAGGGAAAAUUUAACCGGUUUCAGUUUGAAGAACUAUUUUCGCUUGUUCCAGAACAAGAAAUUCGUCACGUAGAUGUGCUUCCGUUAAAUGAUGAAAAUAUUGGGCUGCAGCUACUCCUUACGUACAACAAGUAUUUACAGCUAAUCGACAAGACCAAUAAGGAUCUCAAUAUGGCCUGGGCACAGGUACAGGCUAACGCAGUGGCAAUUACUGGGUCACAUCGAACGUUCGACUUUUGGUUAGCCUCGCUGUUCCUUCUGUGUCGGGGUAAUGUUGGACGUACGUUGAUGUUGCAGUCUCGAUUGAUCGAGUCCGGUUCUCACUUCGUGUCGUUUCCCUUUGUAGAUUUCCCGGGUUACUCCGGCGAUGUGCUUGUGGCUGCGACGACAUGUCAGGCCUUCGAGCUUAUUAUUUUUAAGGAGUUUCCGCAAGUGUACUUCGCAUUGCGUCGGGCAAACUACCUUAUAAGAAACGUUGUCAGUUUUUGGGUUGGACAGGCAUUCUGGAACGUAUUGAACAUGGAUGAGAUUGCAACACUCUUAGCCAUUUCCAUCGUAUACGGUACCGACCACAUUGUUUACAUUUGUGCGGCGAUUGUGCGUCACCUACAGAACGACAUCAUCCGCUGGAGUCUGGAAGGAACACUUGGCCUCAAACUCCGACUUGAACCCGUCGUCGAUUUCAAGUAUAGUGACCACCUAGAGUUCUGCCAUGGGCUACGAAAGGUGUACAGAAAGCUUAUCCAAGACGCGAUCGAAUGUAACAAGCAUUAAUAUUGGUUGGAUUAAAUUGAUAAUUGAUGAGUAACUGAUUUAUUCAGAUCUAUGGACGAAUGAUUGUUGACUAAAUGAAAGAGCUGCUUGACAGUUCCUGUGUAUUGAAUCCAAUGAUGGCGACAACUAACAAGCGAAUACGGAGCGAUAUUUUUUGAAGACUCCCCUAACUGUACACUCGCGACGCAGCUACCUGACCUUUACAAGUAGAACUGUGUGUUGGUCUAUGUAUAUCGGCGCAAAUGUAGUUGACGUUCCGCACAUUAUUGACGGGCUGGUUUGUUUUGUCACAUGGACUCGUCUUUCUACGAGGCAUGGGCAACGGAAACCCAUAAUUCAUCGAACACUUGAGAAUGGAAGGAACGUACAUAUGCUUCGCCUAUACGUUUGGUAAAAUUCUUAAA